ACUAGCUCAGUAUGUUUGCUGUAAACGCUUUGCGCGAAAAUCAAGCGUUUGUUUGUACUGAUUAAAAUAAUAAGGCAGAGGAGUUCAUUACAGUGUAUGUAUUUAACCGGAAGUGUUUUUUCCCCGUCAUUAUUAGCGGAGAAAGUGCAGUGGAAGCCUUUGUAUGUCCAAUAAGUAUAUAGUUUUCUUAGUAAUGUCUGCCAAUCUAUAUUAUGCCUAGCGUCAAAAUGGAACAUUUUAUAAAACUACACUGACUUUAUUUGCUUUAAACUGGAGUAUGGUCGUGCUUUUAGACUUAAGGGUGGAAGCAAAAGAAUCCCCUGCCAUCUGUAAUGCACACUUCUCUGUUAAAUGGGGUACUGAUCAUGCCAUGGAUGACUGCCGCAAAGGGAGAAGUCACACUCCAAACGUUGCAGAGGAGAAGACGGUAGGAGGCAGAGGCAAAGAGAAAAGGAAGAGAAGACGUAGUAGAAGCAGAUCUUCUUCCACAUCGUCUCCCUCAUCUUCCAGGUCUUCUAGUUCCUCGUCUUCAUCAAGAUCUUCAUCCUCAAGCAAUACAAGCAGAUCAAGCAGCAGUGACUCACAUAGCAAGUCUAAAACAAAGAAAAGAAAGAAGGAAAAGCAUCACAAAAAGAAAGUAAAAAAAGAGAAGAAACACAAGAAAAAGAAGGAAAGGAAAGUCAAGCGUGACAGUUCGGGGCCUGUUCAGAUUUCAAAGUUUUUGAACGAGAAGAAGAAGGGUGACAAGUACAGCAUGAUCACUGGAAAGAAGAUUAAAAUGAAGGUUAAGAAAUCAAAAAAGGACAAGCAGAGGGAUAAAAACCGUGCUGAGCUGUUGGAUUUCCUGAACUCUACCUUGUGAAAAAUUGAACUAUGUUAAUGUUUUGCUGAAGUUUUUAUAUUUCCUUUUUUUUCUUCCCCUCUGACAUUUGAAGAGUGUUGAUGUGACAGUAGAACUACUCAGGGAACAUAAUAGUCUACCCUUCUGAACAAUAGAAACAGUAAUGUAUUUUCAGGCAUUGCAUAUACAUGUAAAAAUGUAAGCUGCAAUUUGCUUGUCAGUCAUUUUUUGUGUGUUAUAUGGAUGGAAAUUCAUUCUUCUGGUAAUAUUUCAAAAGCAAUUGGAUUCGUUGAAGACAGGGUUUAUUGCGUUGGUAUACAGUAAUAGAAAAAAAAGAAGAAAAAAACGUUAAUAUGUUUCGUAAGGUGUGAUGUACAAACUGUAGUUUCUGAUCAGUAAGAGUUAGUUACUUGGUAAAAGGGGAUUUGUCAGGAGGAAGCCCAGCUGACUCAUUGUUGCCAUGAUAACCCAUUUGACUUCUUCCAAGCUUUAAUUUUGGAAAUUGGUACAUUCUAUGUAUUUUCACUUGUUACUAUAACAUGCACUGUAAAUAUUAUGAAUUCUUAAUUUUUCAAAGAACAUGUGAACAUCAUAUUGUGAUUUUACUUUGUCUGAAUUCAUAACAAGGAAAAUAAAAGCUAAAGGAAGCCCAGUGCACUUUGUUCACUGAAUUACCUGUGUUGGUACCUGACAUCUCCUAGAUCUGCCAUAGGCAAUUUAUUGAUUAGAGUGCUCAACAGCUAGGAGGUGCUGUCUAUGUCAAGUAUAAGGACUAUCAUAUUGCAUACCGCCCUGGUAUUAUGUAUUAGUGCACAUCAAAGCCACGGACCUCCAUGUGUUAAGUCUUUUUAUAACGAUACAAUCCAUCAAUAAAUGUGCACUAAGCUAGUUGCCUAGUAUGCUAGUGACUAUACUACUGCAGAGAAUCAUAAAUAAACUGUCGACCAAGGAUAUAAAAAGUCCAUGUUCCAUGCAGUAAAACUCUGACCUUUGUUGGUUUUCCUUAUCCGCUUUGCUUCAUCCAGGAUGGUUUAAGAUUUAAAUCCAUUGCACACUAAGUGAUGUAUUGAGAUAGUUUAAAACAGUGGUCUUUGUACUGAUUGUACAAAUACGUUUGUGUUCAAUAGUUAACUUUUUUUACGUACAGUAUUUACGUAUGGUGGAUUGUUAAUGACAGACAGAUCUGAUGUGCUGUUAGCUUAAAAUGUGAUUUUUGUCUUUUUAUCCAUAAAUUCUGAGGAUAAAAACGGAAGUACAGUAACAUUAGGGCUAAUGCAGUUUUAUCCAGCCUGUUAAAGACCUUUUUUUGUAAUUCCAAAAGACAAUGUCAUCACACACCCAAUCUGGGAACAGAAGCAUCCACACCUGGACAAUUCUAUAAUGACUAUAUACUAUACAAAAAUACAUAUAUUUAGAUAAAAUUAAAUCACUCUUAUCCCAAUUGUAUACUUUUAUUUAUUUUUAUUUUUUUCAAUAUCAUUAAAUAAAACUAACAUUCACAUACACACGUUGCUACAGCGACGGCCAUCUUGAUAGUAUAAGAAGGAAAAAGAAAAAUAAGGACAUGGAGACACAGCAGACAUAUAAAAGCAAAUAAAGAAUUAUAAACAUUUAAAAUAGACAACUAACAAAAUAACAUAACACAGAAGCUCCCCAGAACAAUUAGUGUCCUUUCCCAAUGUUCUUACACUAUUGGCGCACACGCUGCCGCUCACACCUGCAGGGAAGAUGAAUCCGUAGUAAUCCUCAAUCAGAGGCAGCAGAAACAGGUGUGUGGUGGAUACGGGUGAAAACAAGAGAGUCCAGUGAUGCGCUAUGAUACACAGAGAACACUUGCAAAGAUGUUAUUAUUGUAUUACCCAUCUUAACCUUAAACAGAUCAUUAGUGUAUUCCUGUUAAUUAUCACCCAGUUAAUAGAAAGUAUUUUGAUAUUAAUUACCUUUGUUGUAAAAGUGGAUGUAAGUUUUAUAUUAAAAUAAAUGGAAACUGUUAAAAUGACUGAAUCAAGAGUUGUCUUUAUAUGGUUAACAUUCUGUGAUGUAUAGCUAGCUACAAAGCCUUUUGCAAUAUGGUUGGGUCGGGUGUUUGUUCUUUAUAGUUUUUACUGUAGUCUUGCUAACCUUAUUACUUAAAGAGCACAUAAUGACCUUUAUUUUAUUGUGUUACAUAUUCCCAUAUGUUGCUACAACUGUUUAUGUAAGGUGUGUAUU